AUCUAUGUGAAUUGAUAAACUAGACUGAUCUGUUCCCCCAGUUUAAGGAAAAAUAAAUAUCCCAAUCCCCUCUUUCUUAACAUUUCCAGAAAAUAACGUUAAUUUCAUGUCCACUUUCUCUUCUAACUUCUCUCACAUCAGUCUCAUCAUCAUCUUCUUCUUCUUUAAAAAGGUUCAUCUCUUUGUUGAAACAAACCCUAGCUAGCAACAACCCAAAUAAUUAAGAUCCAUUUAAAUCCCUAUAAGUUGAAUACUUUUUUUUCAAUCUCUACCAUGGAUUCCUUCCCAAACGCCACUGCCGCCGCCGCCGCGAUGAUGUCAGCAACAGCAGGAAACAACUCAGGCAGCCCUCCACCGACGUCAUCAUCAUCAUCGGUUUCAUCUUCAUCAAGUAGGUACGAGAAUCAAAAGAGAAGAGACUGGAACACGUUCGGUCAAUACCUAAGAAACCACCGGCCGCCGCUUUGUCUAUCCAGAUGUAGUGGGGCCCAUGUUCUAGAGUUCCUUAGAUACCUCGAUCAGUUUGGAAAAACAAAGGUUCAUACUCCGAUGUGCCCUUUCUACGGGCACCCAAACCCUCCUGCCCCUUGCCCAUGUCCACUACGUCAAGCGUGGGGCAGUCUUGAUGCCUUAAUCGGACGUCUAAGGGCUGCUUAUGAAGAAAACGGUGGUAAACCGGAGACUAACCCUUUUGGAGCUCGAGCCGUUCGUUUAUACCUUCGUGAAGUUCGCGAUCUUCAGUCUAAGGCAAGAGGAAUUAGCUAUGAGAAGAAGAAACGCAAACGCCCACCUCCAUCUCUACCUCAACCGCCACCGCCUGGCCCUGGUUGAUCUAUCGAUAUUUGUGGUAUACAUAUUAUUAAUGGCACCUUAAUUCUUCUCUAUAUAUUAUCUUAUGCGUUUAGUGUAUUUGUUUUUAACGUUGUUAAAAUUAAGCUAAAGUGAUCGAUCAAUCGAACUAUAUGAUCUAAGAACAUCAUAUGCUAGCUAGCUUGAUUCAUGUAUACAAUUUGAUAUGGAUCAUAUCCUUUCCCUUUUGUUGUGA